CGGCGGCGGGGAGGAGGAGGAGGAGGAGGAGGAGCAGGCGCCGCCAUGGCCGCCGCUAUCACCGACAUGGCCGACCUGGAGGAGCUCUCUCGCCUGAGCCCUCUGCCCCCCGGCAGCCCUGGCCCGGCGGCGCGGGGCCGGGCUGAGCCCCCCGAGGAGGAGGAGGAAGAAGAGGAGGAGGAAGAGGAGGCCGAGGCCGAGGCGGUGGCUGUGCUGCUGUUGAACGGCGGCGGCGGCGGUGGGGGCGGCGGCGGUGGCGGCGGAGUGGGGGGCGGCGAGGCGGAGACGAUGUCGGAGCCGAGCCCCGAGAGCGCCAGCCAGGCCGGGGAGGACGAGGACGAAGAAGAGGACGAGGAGGAGGAGGACGAGAGCAGCAGCAGCGGCGGGGGCGAGGAGGAGAGUAGCGCCGAGAGCCUGGUGGGCAGCAGCGGCGGGAGCAGCAGCGACGAGACGCGCUCGCUCAGCCCCGGCGCCGCCAGCAGCAGCAGCGGGGAUGGGGACGGCAAGGAGGGCCUGGAGGAACCCAAGGGACCGCGGGGCAGCCAGGGCGGCGGCGGGGGCGGCAGCAGUAGCAGCAGCGUCGUCUCUAGUGGCGGCGAUGAGGGCUACGGGACCGGGGGUGGCGGAAGCAGCGCGACCUCCGGGGGCCGGCGAGGCAGCUUGGAGAUGUCGUCGGAUGGGGAACCCCUGAGCCGCAUGGACUCGGAGGACAGCAUAAGCAGUACUAUAAUGGAUGUAGACAGCACAAUUUCCAGUGGGCGUUCAACUCCAGCAAUGAUGAAUGGACAAGGAAGCACUACUUCUUCAAGCAAAAAUAUUGCCUAUAAUUGUUGUUGGGACCAGUGCCAGGCUUGCUUCAACUCUAGUCCAGAUCUGGCAGAUCACAUCCGUUCCAUACAUGUAGAUGGUCAGCGAGGAGGGGUAUUUGUUUGCUUAUGGAAAGGUUGUAAAGUAUAUAACACUCCAUCAACCAGUCAGAGUUGGUUACAGAGGCAUAUGCUGACACACAGUGGAGACAAACCUUUUAAGUGUGUUGUUGGUGGCUGCAAUGCCAGCUUUGCUUCUCAGGGAGGGCUAGCUCGCCAUGUACCCACACACUUCAGUCAGCAGAACUCCUCAAAAGUUUCUAGCCAGCCAAAGGCCAAAGAAGAAUCUCCUUCUAAAGCUGGAAUGAACAAAAGGAGAAAAUUAAAGAACAAAAGACGACGUUCAUUACCACGACCACAUGAUUUCUUCGAUGCACAAACACUGGAUGCGAUAAGACAUCGAGCCAUAUGCUUUAACCUCUCAGCUCAUAUAGAAAGUUUAGGGAAGGGACACAGUGUUGUUUUUCAUAGUACUGUAAUAGCUAAGAGAAAAGAGGAUUCUGGAAAGAUAAAACUUUUGCUUCAUUGGAUGCCUGAAGACAUUCUGCCUGACGUGUGGGUGAAUGAAAGUGAACGACAUCAAUUAAAAACUAAAGUAGUUCAUUUAUCAAAGCUACCCAAAGAUACUGCCUUGCUUUUGGAUCCAAACAUAUACAGAACAAUGCCGCAGAAGAGGUUGAAGAGAACUCUGAUAAGAAAAGUGUUCAAUUUGUAUUUAAGCAAACAGUGAACGACAUUUGCAAUCAACUAAAAAUUCGUCUAUCGAAUUAGGGCUGAAAAUUUCUGUUAAAGAGUGUUGCAGUAUGUCUGGUGGCUCCCUUUUCAGGACUAGGGUUUUCUCAUGGAGUACAGUAUGUUAAUAUUUACCUAUAUAACUAAUCUGUUAACGGUUUUUGAAAAACCUCUAUUUCAAAUUAUUUGAAUAAUCCUCAUAUUUUCAUUUUAACCUAUAUAAGCCUCUAAUUUUUUUUCUGAGGAAAGCAUUUGGUUUAUGAGCUGUUUUAUCUUAACAUAAGAAAAAUUGUAUUUUUUUUUUUUUAAGUAUCUUCAAACUGAAUCCUUUAUGCACCAAAGUUGGUUUUGAAAAGGAAAAUAAAAUCACUUUCUUGCUUGGUAAGCAAGAAGCCAUAUGGAUUUUUUUUAACUUACAGAAAUGGAAAUAUGUGUAACUUGUUAGUAUUGUAUCAAACAAAUGUUGCAUAGAGAUAAUAGAACAUUGCUUGUAAAUAAUUCAGCAGAUUUGUAAUAUAUUUUUAUAUUAUGAAAUGUACUGUAGAUGUUUUUCUAGAGGCAUGAAAGUUAAAUGUAUAUAUUAUGGGUAGAAAUAAUAUUGAAGGAUAUUGUAAUUCACUAGUGCUGCCAGAGGAAUUGUUAAUAAAGCACCUUCUUUAACAAUAAAUGUCUUUGCAGACUUAAGGGACUAUGUACUACUGUUAAUAUCUAUAAGAACAAAACACAUUGAACAUCCUUCCAGAAAGUCUUUGAGGGAGGACCUAUACCCAUAAUAGAAUUAUGGCACUCAUUUCUGACAGUGACCGUGAAAUCAAUUAUUUCCUUACUGUUGGAAGGACAUAUUGUAAAGUAUAUGUGGUUAUAUGCAGUCAAACUGCAGAAAAAUACUCCUGAUUGAGGAGUUUUCACUUUACUACAGUGAUAUAAAAACCAGCAGUUUUUACACUAAAUUUUUUAAAGAAAAGAAUAGACAAAAAUAUAGAAUUAAGCCUUUGGUUCCAAAAUGGGAAAGGUUCCAUGAUACAUAAAUCAUUUCUCAUUUACUUUAAAAAAAUUUUUAAAAUAAUAAAAAUUAUGGGAGACUUUAUUCGUUAACAGUGGGGUAAAGAGCUAUCUAUAUACAUGAAAUGAGUCAUAUAAAAUUAAAUGAAGUGCAAAUAAAAGCACUGCUACUAUAAGACAUUCUGGAAUGGUUGUUUAAUAAGGGUAUUAUCCAUUUGAUCUGUAGCAAAUGUGAUUUAUUUUUUAAAAAGAAAAGGAAAGCAGUGUGUUUUACUUUUUUUGUUUUCUUUUGCUUAAGCACUUCAUCAAUUGCUUUAUUCUGUAUCUACGAAGUAAUCUGCGAUCUCCUUUGUUCUUUUAAAAUUUUGAUUUGUUAUAAAAUUGCCAAAUAGAAGUGUUUCAGAUAUAUAGUUUGUACCUGUAUUUUUUAUUUUAUUGCCUCAUGUUCUUGUAAGUCAUUCUUAAUUGACCGAUGAUUGUAGACCUUGCCUGAGUAUUUUUUCUAAUAAAACAAAGCAAAUCACA